GCAGCGGAAAGAAGGUUCUGGAAGACACCUUGGCUGUGCCCUGGUGGCUCAUGGGUAGCGCCUGGGCUCCCGGGAGUGGACAUGCUCCAGUGUAGACCCGCCCAGGAGUUCAGCUUCGGCCCUCGGGCCCUGAAGGACGCCCUGGUGUCCAGCGAUGUGGCCCUGGGCCAGCUCUACGCCUCCGCCUUCUCCCCAGUGGAGCGGCUGUUCCUGGCUGAGGCCUACAACCCCCAUGGGACUCUUUUCCGCCCGCUGAGGAUCCACACGGCCUCCGACUGGCUCCUGCGCCGCCCCGAGCCCCCCGAGGACUUCCAGGCCUUCUACCAGUCCCUGCAGGGCCGCAAACCAAAUCCCGGCCGGAGACGCAUCUGCCUGCAGCCCAUAGAUCUGGGCCAGGGGCCAGUGGCAUACCCCCUGCUGGACAGCGUGCGGAGCUACACAGAGGCCUUCUUCCCAGGCCUGACAGUCACCUGCCUCCCUCUGGUGUCAGCCCCGCCCAUUCACUGCUCCUCCCGCCCCCGGAGGGACGCAGGCCGGCCCCAGUUCCACACAGGUGGCAUCCUGUCCUUCCUGAAAACCCACAAGCCAGCUGAUGCACUAUGCGUGCUGGGCCUCACACUGUCUGACCUGUACCCACGAGAGAGCUGGGCCUUCACCUUCAGCCAGUCCCUGCCCGGGCACGAGGUGGGUGUCUGCAGUUUCGCCCGCUUCUCAGGGGAGUCGCUGCAGGAGGAGUCCAGCACCGCUGGCCCGGACUUGGCAGAGGCAGCGGAGGGCAACACAGAAGUCCGUGUGCCAGAGCAGGGCCCUGGCCUGGCCUUCAGUGCCCUCGGGUUGGUACAGUGCUGCAGGGCCACUUGUCACGUGCUGUGCUGCCUCCUGGGCCUGGGCAGCUGCCGCUGGCUGGGCUGCCUCCUGCAGGGCACGCUUAGCCUGGAUGAAGCCCUGCGGCGGCCCCCCGACCUCUGCCCAGUCUGCCUGCGGAAGCUGCAGCACCUCCUGGGCUUCCGGCUGCUCGACAGGUACAAGGGGCUUCAUGCCUGGACACAGGCCGUGGCCGGAGCCGGGCCUGGCUGGGAGACGCCUGACCGCUCGGGGUCUGAGGACACGCUGCCUCUCAGCGCCGACUCAGGGCUGGGUGUCGAGAAUGACUCGGAGGCCCCCAGCCUGUCGGAGCCCCUGACCCCGGACGGGGGGCCUCCUGAGCUGCUGCCCCUGGAGGACCUGGAGGGCCAGCCCCCGGCUGGGAGCCCCAUCGAGCCUGCGGGGACGCUCAGGGAACAGAGGCUGUGGCUGGCGGCCUGCAUCCGGGCCCUGGAGAGGGAGGAGGCGGAGGAGGAGCUGUUGCGGCUGGACGCAGCCGUGGACGCGCUGGCCCGAUGGGAGCUCUUCACAGGGAGGCUCCCGGCCCCCCGGCAGGCCCUGCCCAGUGCCAAGGACAGCCCGGGGCUGCGGAAGGCCCUGGGGGAGACACUGUCUUCUUGGCGGAAGAAGCUGGGCUCCUGGAAGCUGGCCAAGGCGGAGCCAUCUCCCUCGCACCGCGGCCAGGAGGAGGCCUAGGCAGUGAGGGUCAGUGACAGACUCUCUCGGGGCCCAGGGGCCCACUCAGGACUACCAUCAGGAGCAUGCUUUCCCUCAGCUCCUUCCUGGCCAGGCAGGGAGGGUUAACUCUGAGGUAGUAGCCACGUUGGCCCUCCGCUCGCUCUACGUCACCCCCUUCCCUGGUGGCUCAGCUCCGGGCAGCCCGCCCAAGGGAGAGCCAGGUGGAAGCUGGCUGCCUUGUGGGCUUCACUUUGUAAGCCACCAGCAGUGCCCUGGCCAUGACAUGACGUGCCUGCGGAAGGGGGGUGGGGUGGCAGAGAUGCACCCCAGGUUCAGGGGGGGAAUGGUGCCUCCCCAGGAGGGCUGGGAAGGUUCUGGAAGCCUGUGUGCAGUGGGACCCGGGGUUGGUCCUGUACCUGCUGGGCAAGCCUACCUGGCUACCUUGUGCCACAGUGAGGGAGCUGGCUGGGAGGUUUUGAGGGGGGUCCUGUCCUUUGCUCGGGGCUGAUGGGGCUAGGAGCGGCUGGGCGGUCGUGGGGGCUUCGCCUAUGUAGGACAUCAACAGGUCACUCUGGGCCCUGACUGAGAAGGUGGGUGGCCACAUCUGCAGAUGUGGUUCCCACCAAACAAAGGCCCAGGUGGUUUGGGUAGUAAAGGUAUGACUGUC